AUGCCUGUCGGAGGCUGGAACGGUGGCCACUGGAGCCCCAAUCUCAAUCAGGGCGCCAGUGGUUACAAUGGCCCUGACAGGACUCCACCGUUUCAAGAAUGGAGGCAUCUCACGAUUGACGAGCAAAUCCAACGCGCAAGAGAGUGGCGAGCACAGCACUCGACAAACCUACAGCCUUCAGGCUCCUCAGCCCCGGCCCCGAUCUCCACUCUCUCCUCCACCCCGGCCCGAUCGUCGUCUCCCCACGCCCUUCCAUCGCGUCCUACUCGACCUGGCCCCGUCACAGUAGCGCCCGAGCGCUCAACCGCGCCUUACCCCGACCCUCAACGCCGUGCGCAGCGCGAGCUGACAUUCGGUGGCCAUCGUACACCUGGCCAACCUUCUGCCACACCGCAGUUCGGCAACGACCAGACCUUCAGCGGACAAUCGUUUGCACCGUGGUAUCCUGGUGUCACCCAGGGGGUUCCUACUUCCAGUAACCAGUCCAUCGCGACACCCGGUCCUCGCUUGGACCCCGCUACCGCCGCCGAGACCGACACAUUUGCUUCCGUCGCCGUCCACCCCGCCGCCGUCCCACAGCAAGGCCGCUCUGAACGCGAGUCUUCCUUUGAGGAGGACUACAAGCUCUGGGAAUCCCAGGUCGUCCACGGCCAACCCCCGGUCCCGACAAGCCACAUUCUCGUCCCUCGCGUGCCUGCCCCUGGUCCGCCAACCACACCCUUCUUCGUCUCCUCGCCUCCCGCGACACUCAACGACGGUCACACGAUCGCGUCGCAGACUCCGACCUCUCAUCCAGCUUCAUCGACCCCCCUCCGCGCCUUCGAAGGCCUUACAGUUCAGCCUCAGUCGCAGCGCGCCCUCCCCGAAACCCGAUCGUCAGUCACAGCGCACCCCGUACCGAGCGCAUUCCAGGCACCCAGAACUGAGGAGGAUCAAACAUCCUCACUCGAGGCUCCCAAUCACCCUGUCGCGAGAGAUAGACCAUCCGGGCCUGGAGAGACUGGUGCUGCGAUAGAGUCGAACCCAGUCCACCCAGAGGUGGGAGACGAGCCGAGUGGCUCGACAACGGAAAUCGGGACAGCAUCGGAUGACCCUGCCGUUCAGCGUGCCAUACGUGACGUCGAAGCCCAAAUUGAGGAACUUGAAUUCCAGCCCCUUACAGCACCAGUGAAAGAGCCGCCGCCGCCGCCUAGCGACAGUGAGGGUGUCAGCAAGAAGACAGCCAAGAAUCGAGCUAAGAAGGCCAGGCAAAAGGAGAACAGAAAGGCGAAGAAAGCUGCAGCCGCCGCCGAAGAGCCCGAAGACCAUACAGAUCCGGACAGGAUGAAGGACGACGGCAAGAGGAAGGCGACCGAGGACCCUGCGUCCCCCGCUGCGGCCAAGCGCGUUAAGCACGACGACUCGGCUGAGCCUCCUCCAAAACCAAAGAUGGCUGUCAUUCCAUUCCCUGAGAAGCCUGCCCAACUCGAGGAGCGUGCCGGUGAUAUCCAGUUUCGCGUGGUGAACAAUGAUGGCGACAAGGAUAGCUUUAUCAUCAUGACCGGCCUGAAGUGCAUUUUUCAGAAACAGUUGCCCAAGAUGCCCAAGGACUACAUCGCGCGUUUAGUCUACGACCGGACACACGUCUCCAUCGCAAUCGUCAAGAAGCCUCUCGAAGUAGUGGGCGGCAUCACGUACCGUCCAUUCAACGACCGCAAGUUUGCAGAGAUUGUCUUCUGUGCAAUCUCGUCUGACCAGCAAGUCAAAGGCUACGGCGCCCAUCUCAUGGCGCAUUUGAAGGACUACGUGAAGGCCACGAGCCCCGUCAUGCAUUUCCUGACCUAUGCAGAUAACUAUGCCAUCGGGUACUUCAAGAAACAGGGCUUUACCAAGGAGAUCACUCUCGACAAGUCAGUUUGGAUGGGCUACAUCAAAGACUAUGAAGGCGGUACCAUCAUGCAGUGCACGAUGCUUGAGCGGGUCCGAUACCUUGAGGUCGGCCGUAUGCUACAGAAGCAGAAGGAGUGCGUGUUGGCCAAGAUCCGCGCCUACUCGAACUCGCACGUUGUCCAUCAGCCGCCCAAGCAGUGGAAGAAUAACCCAUCGCCCAUCGACCCCAUGAAGAUAGAGGCCAUCAAGAACUCCGGAUGGUCACCGGAGAUGGAUGAGCUGGCCCGCCAGCCGCGCCACGGCCCCAACUACAACCAGCUUCUACACCUUCUCAACGACAUGCAGAAUCACCAGAGCGCCUGGCCGUUCCUCAUGCCAGUCAACAAGGAUGAUGUUCACGAUUACUACGACGUCAUCAAGGAGCCCAUGGACCUCUCUACCAUGGAGCAAAAGCUCGAAAUGGACCAGUACACUACCCCGGAGGACUUCACCAAGGAUGCUACCCUGAUCUUCAAGAACUGUCGCCAAUACAACAGCGAGGGCACACCGUACACCAAGAGUGCCAAUAAACUCGAGAAGUUCAUGUGGUCCAAGAUUAAGGAGAUUCCUGAAUGGAGUCACCUUGCUGAGAAUCAGGGCAAGUGA